AUGCUGUCCUAUGACAACGUCGUCUCCAUCAACGGGAACGACGGCAUGAUGGCGACUUCGAACCACAACCACAUCUGGCUUGUCACUGGCCCGGCCGGGUGCGGCAAGACGACGGUGGCCGAGUACCUCGCCGCCGCGCUUGACAUGCCUUACGUGGAAGGCGACUCGUUCCACACGGAGGCCAAUGUGGAGAAGAUGCGCGGCGGCACCCCCCUCACGGACGCCGACCGCUGGGACUGGCUUGGUGCCCUUCGCGACGAGUCAAUGCGUCGAAUCAACCGAGGGUCCCAGGGCGUCGUCGUCACCUGCUCGGCCCUCAAGCGCAAGUACCGGGACGUCAUCCGCGUCGCCGCCUACUACAACAGUCACGUGCUCGUCCACUUCAUCUUCCUCUACGCGCCCGCCGACGUGCUGCUGGAGCGAGUCUCGAAACGAAAGGGCCACUACAUGAGCGCCGACAUGGUCCAGAGCCAGUUUGACAUACUCGAGCGGCCGACGGAGGAUGAACGGGACGUCAUCACGGUCGACGUCAGCCGCAGCCUCGAACAGGUCAAGUCGGACGCCCUCGCCAAGGUCGAGGCCAUUCUCCGUGACGACCGUUGA